UGUGAAGGAGGCGGCGAUAGGACGCCCGGUGCUGCAGCUCUUGACACCGGUGAUACCCACACAUUGUUGCGAGUCUGUGUUUGUGUGCAGGUGUGUGUCUGACAGAGCAGCAUCCUGUGGAUCAUGGGAGCACAGAGGACACCUACACUUCUGUUUUUUAUUUUAUUUAGUUGUUCUGUUGACAGACACAUUAGCAGCAGGAGGACGGUGAAAGUCAGUGGGUGCACAGUUUGGGACGCGGUCGGUCAAACCCAGUUAGUCAAACAAUAAAAGUGAAUCAGGACGGGUCCAGGCUUAAGCUGUCUGGCCGUGCCUCGGCUCGGGCUGCUGGCGUCGGCAUUUUUUCGUGUCCUGUGCGUCUCACAUUGGGAGUUAUCAGAGCAUGCAGGCAGGGUAGCAGUAGUAGUAGCAGCUCGCAGGGGACUGCAGAGGGUCCUGGAUCUGACCUGAUUUGUCAAUUCGAUGACUUCACACAAGUGUCGCCCCUCCAGGGAAUCGUCGGCUCCCCAUCCGAGCAGCGGGACUCGCCGUUUCAUGUUUUGUUGGAGGAAAAUUGAGGCGCGUAAUGGAUUUAUCAGGAGUGCAAUUUGACAUCAAAGCGCAACAUCUGAGGAGGCUCUAAUUAUCCGGGACUGUCUCACUAUGGCUCAUCCAGAGCACUUUGAUUGGCUGAAAGAAACCGUCAGUUUGUUUCCAGGUUUGCCAGGGUUUUCCAGCAUGUUUGGGAAGAAGAAGAAACGGCUGGAGAUCUCAGCUCCGUCUAACUUUGAGCACCGGGUCCACACAGGCUUCGACCCGCGGGAGCAGAAGUUCACCGGGCUGCCGCAGCAAUGGCAGAGCCUCCUGGCGGACACUGCCAACCGACCCAAACCCAUGGUGGACCCGUCGUACAUCACCCCCAUCCAGCUGGCACCCAUGAAGAUAUCUCCCAAGAAAGUCCGGUCAUCCGAAACGCCGUUGCCCAAAACCAUCGUCCGAGGGAACCGGCCACCCAAAGAUGCAUCCAUUAACGGCCUGCUGGAGGAGUUCGACAACAUUUCGGUAACGCGAUCCAACUCCUUGCGUAAAGAGAGUCCACCGGGUCCCCAUCAGGCCGGAAGCAGCUCCAAACCCUCGGGCAGCGGCCAUCCAGCUGCUCCAGAGGAGAACGGAUUCAACCACUACUACUCCCGCUACUCGUGUGACCUGGACACCUCCAGCAGGGACUUUUCUUUGGAUUCCGGCAAACCAAGUUUCUCCAUAGAUAGUGACUGGGCGGUUGGGAGGCACUAUCGAUUCACCAAGCAGAAUGGCCACUCGCACCCCAUCCGCAGCCCCUUCUACCCGGACGCCAUGCCGCAAAAAUCAGACUAUGGAAAGCUUCCCCCGGACUACCACACCUACCUGGAGAGCAAAGGGCGCUCGGUGGAUGAGGUGGCCUCCACAGUGGGGAGCGGAGUGGGCUCCAGCGGCUACUACCGGGCAUCGGUGGGCGGUUCAUCCAGCCAGGACUACCGGGACACUUCAGUCGGGACGCCGUCUCGUGCCUCCCUUCACAGCGAGCAAAUCAACUACCCAGACAGCGAGUGGAGUUAUGGUGGCCUACGGGACGAAUACGAAAAGCGACCUAAGAGCUCCUACGUAACCCAGACCAGCCCCACGCCAGCCAUCAGGCAGCGAUCCAGAUCAGGAUCCGGGCUUCAGGAGCCAAACGUCCCCUAUGCAGCCAGCGGGGCGUUCAAGAACCCUCCACAGGCCCAUCCAUACAGCUCCUAUACCUACCCCCGUCUCUCGGAGAGUCUCGCCAACUCACAGACCCUCGGCAAGGGCGAUUACGAGCGUCCGUCUCGUGAUGACAGUCCCCAGGUUACGGGUGGCGACACCUACCCCCGAGGGCCUCUCAAGCUACCUCAGAGCCACAGCAAGCCGCCUGGUUACCCCCCAGUGCACCUACCGUACCCCCCAAUCUUCCACCACUACAAACCCUCGCCCUACCAUCAUCCUCCCUCCCAGCCCAGCCCACCUUACACCCCGCAGGGGGCCUACUCUCAGCCUUCGUCACCCUAUAUCCCUCCAGGAGCUUACCCACCUCCUUCAUGGGGCUCAAGCUCCGACACUCAACCCUCCAGAGUCUCCCAUGAACAGUUCAGAGCUGCACUUCAGCUGGUGGUCAACCCAGGCGAUCCUCGGGAAUACCUGGACAGCUUUAUCAAGAUCGGUGAGGGCUCCACAGGCAUCGUGUGCAUCGCCAGCGAGAAACACAGCGGCAAGCAGGUGGCGGUGAAGAAGAUGGACCUGAGGAAACAGCAAAGGAGAGAGCUGCUCUUCAACGAGGUGGUGAUCAUGAGGGACUACCAUCAUGAAAAUGUUGUGGACAUGUACAACAGUUACCUGGUGGGAGAUGAGCUGUGGGUCGUCAUGGAGUUCCUCGAAGGCGGAGCGCUCACCGACAUUGUGACUCAUACCAGGAUGAACGAGGAGCAGAUCGCCACCGUGUGUCUGUCGGUGUUGAGGGCGUUGUCGUACCUGCACACACAAGGCGUCAUCCACCGCGACAUCAAGAGCGACUCCAUCCUGCUGACCAGCGACGGCAGGAUCAAGCUUUCAGACUUCGGCUUUUGUGCCCAAGUUUCCAAAGAGGUGCCCAAGAGGAAGUCUCUGGUGGGAACGCCCUACUGGAUGGCACCGGAGGUCAUCUCCAGACUACCGUACGGCACUGAGGUGGACAUCUGGUCUUUAGGCAUCAUGGUGAUCGAGAUGGUGGACGGAGAGCCGCCUUACUUUAACGAACCCCCUCUGCAGGCCAUGAGGAGGAUACGAGACAACCUUCCGCCUCGGCUAAAAGAGUCGCACAAGUCUGUAGCAGCCCAUAUAAGUGUGUCGUCGGUGCUUCGGUCCUUCCUGGACUUGAUGCUGGUGAGGGAACCGUCCCAGCGAGCCACCGCCCAGGAGCUCCUCCAGCACCCCUUCCUCAAGCUGUCAGGACCCCCGUCCUGCAUCGUCCCCCUCAUGAGACACUACCGCCAUCGCUGACCAGAACCCGCCCUCCUCUACACUUUAAAAAAAAAGAAAGAACAACCUUCACACAUACACACACUACUACCAGGGUGGCACUGCCCUCACCCAGCCAAAACACCCACCGCUCGGUGGCGCGCCACUAACACUUACACCUGUAACCGUGAAGUAGAUUAGCUAGAGGAAUAUCUAAGAAACACACUUAAAACACACCAACAGAGAAAAGAAGACAAAAAAAAUGACUAUUUUGAAACUGUGAAGUAGAAGACCGGUGGAACUCGCUAGACGUCCAGUAGAAACGUGUGGCCUGGCUUCUUCUUUUCUUCCCAGACUGUGAGGCUCCACAUAGACUUCUAGUAGCUGUCGGCCUUCAGGAGCUUCAGGACGGCGAGCGGCAACCAGCACGCCGCUUCCAGACCAGAGCAGCCGAUGGCCGAACAAUCAGCACGUGCGGAGUCUUUUUCCAGACUGUCCGGCUGCUGAGACGAGCUCUCCCACGUCUCACACACUAACAGUGAAAAUGUAUUUUAGAGAAACUUGUAAGUUUUUCUGUACAGUUUUGAUAAUUUGCAGUAUUUUAUCGUGUCGUAACCAUUGUGAUAUGAGCAGUAUUAAAUAGAGUUUCUGCAGAGAUCUUUCCUACUGUUUAUAAUCCAGUUUUUGCUUAAAGAUAUAAGAGAUAUCCCAAAUAAACCCACCUACACCUAACUGUUACUAAAAAUACUAAAUAUAUUUAUUAUCUUACAUUUGUAGACGGAACUUCCAUUAAAUGUUGGAAAAAAAGGGUAAUGUCAGGAUUUUGUAUGACAUUUUAAAGUAUUUAUUUAUUUAUUGGAAUUUAAGGUAUAUUUUCUUUGGUAGUGUGGCCUUUUUUUGUUGAUUUUUGUUUUGUUUUUUUGGAUCUAAAAGAGCAUUGGCAGACAUCAUCCAAGCAAUACCCCGAAACCUAUUUAUGAAACCACCAAGCCCUGUAUUUAUGAUACUGUAACAGCACCAUGCAUUUAAAUGUAGCACAGAUUGAGUGGAAUUUGACAUGAAGAGAGAGAGAGAGAGAAAGAUUUAUUCUACGCAGUUUUCUUUUAUAUUAGCAGUCUCACUGUGUUUUGCUAAGAGGCGCCUCCCUGCAGCGCAGAGUUUAGGAAGCUGAUAAAAAAAGAGUUUUUUUUCUACUCACAUCCUCACUGUCAUCAUCUCACUCCUUAUCCCACCACAGUCAGACUCGCUAUCACCGGAACUGUGCUGCCAUCCUCAUCUCUAGUCGGACCAGGAGAACAGAGUAAUCCUCCUCCCCGCAUCGUUUUUACCCAUCAUUCACUGUGAUAUGUAAAUAUGACUGUGCGAAUGUGAGCGUGUGUCAAAGAGCAAAAGUGUGUUUAUCUCUGUACAGCAUCUGAGAGUGUGUGUGUGCGUGUGUGUGUUUGUGUGCUGCUGGCUAAUCCUUGACAACGUGUCAAGAUGUGAAUGAGUAACACUUAUCUGUGGCUUGUACAGUGAUAUUGCAUGUUUGUUAUCAGUGAAGCUGGUUUCAAUUAAAAAAACGCCCAUAAAAACA